AGCCUACCACGCUCUCUAAAAAGGAGAACGGCUCGAUCGCACAUCUACUUGAGUACUGGUAUCCAUCUAUCCAUCUCCCCACCACCAUCACCACUGCUGCCGGAAAAACCAAUCAUGUCAUCCAAAAAGAACGCCAAAAAGCACACCCUCUCAACAGUAUCCUCACCGCCACCAUCACUAUCAUCACCACCAGGGCCCAUCACAUCAAACCCCCUCACCAACGAUCCGCAAUCCUGGACAUCUCUAAACCCCCCACUAUCUCCAUGGCUCCGCAUAGCCUUGCAAACCCUCUCUUUCGAGCGCAUGACGCCUGUGCAAGCAAGCACGAUUCCCCUCUUCCUAGGAAACAAAGACGUAGUGGUCGAGGCGGUCACCGGUAGCGGGAAAACUCUCUCCUAUCUCCUCCCUCUCAUUCAACGCCUAUCCAGCGCUCCGCGCCGGAAACACAAUAUUGGUGGGAUAGUCAUUGUCCCGACGAGGGAAUUAGCCGGGCAGAUUUUCUCCGUCUUAUCCUCUCUAUUGCAGUUCCAGCCUCCCUCGGAGACUGGAUUGAAAGCGCAGUUGUUGCGUGGUGGCGAAGGCAACACCCGAAGCGACUUGCAAGCCUUCCUGCGCGACGGCCCGAACAUUCUGGUGUGCACGCCAGGCAGGUUGGAGGAGUUACUAGGGAGUCGAUAUGUAGUCGUUUCUGGCGAGACCUUUGAAAUGCUUGUGCUGGAUGAGGCAGACCGGUUGCUGGAUUUGGGGUUCUUGGAGGUGCUUGCGCGGAUCAUGUCCCGUUUGCCGAAGCAGCGGAGGACCGGGCUUUUUAGUGCUAGUGUUACGGAGGCCGUGGUUGGGGGUUUGGUUAGGAGUGGGCUUAGGAAUCCGGUCAAGGUCGUUGUGAAGGUUAAAGAGAGGGAGGUUGAGAGGAGGGUCCCUGUCAGCUUGGAGAACAACUACAUAAUAGCAACCCCUCCUUCCCGCUACCCACACAUCCAACACAUCCUCACUACCACCACCCCACAACCCCAAAAAUCGAUAAUCUACCUCCAAACGUGCGCAAGCGUAGACCUACACAUAAUCCUCUUCCGCCUCUUCAUCCCGAAAGAAUACACCCUACUCCCCCUCCACGGCCAUCAAUCCCCUCCCCAGCGAAAGCGAAACUUUGCCGCUUUCAUAACCUCCACAACCCCCACCAUUCUCCUGACCACCGACCUCGCCGCGCGCGGGCUAGACAUCCCAGAGGUAGACCUGGUCCUACAACUCGACCCACCCACUGACCCAAAAGUCUUCCUCCACCGCUGCGGGCGCGCCGCACGCGCUGGCCGUCGCGGUCGCGCCAUCCUAUUCCUAUCACCGGGGCGCGAGGAGGAGUAUAUUUCCUUCCUGUCUAUAAGAAAAACCCCCGUCACUCCCUUCCCCUCUCCCUCACCCUUAGAAUUAUCAAGCACAACGAAAUCCAUAAUAGAGAAGUUUAGAAAGAAAACAGCGAGCGAUAAAGCCCUCCACGAUAAAGCGCUGAAAGCAACUGUUAGCCAUGUCCGCGCUUAUAGCAAGCACGCCACGGCCAGUAUCUUUCGCGUACAAGAGCUGGACUGGAAAGGCCUUGCGGAGGCGUUUGGCAUCCUGUGGAUGCCAAGGAUGCCAGAGCUUAAGGGGGUGAACGUGGAGUUGGGAGUGGAAGGGGUGGAGAAGGGCGCGGUCGGGUACACGGACAAGAAGCGCGAGGCUGCGAGGCUUGCGAAGAUCGCCGAGGGGGGAAAGGUGCGGAAGGGGGAGAGGAUGAAUGAAGCUUGGAGUGAGAAAACGAGGGGGAAAGCUAUGCGCGAAGUGCGCAGGGAGAAGCGCAAAAAGAAGAGGAUCGCGGGGAUGUCUGAUGAGCGCAAAGCAAGGGAGGAGGAGUGGAGGGAGUUGGUGGAGGAAGUCAAGAAAGUGCAGGCAGAGCGGGGGCCAGAAAAGGCUGGGGAUGUGGGGGGUUGGUUUGAUGAUAUGGCUUGAUUAAUAGUUGACAUUAUAUAGAUAUGAAAGUUUAAUUGGCAUGCUGGUAAUAUAUUUGCAAAGCCCCAUAGAUGAAAAAAA